AUGACAAAUACAAGAGCAUAUAUACCUGUACAUGCAUUACGUAAAAUUGAUAUAGAUUCAAUAUUUAGUAUUGCUUUACCAUUAAUAAAUAAUAAUGAAAUACAUAAACGAUAUGAUUAUCAUCAUAAUCGUCGAACAAUGUUAUAUUUUUUAUUAUCAAUAUAUUCAACACCAAAUAAUGAACGAUUAAUGUGUUUAAUAAAUGAAUAUAAUCCAGAAAUUAAUUGGAUAUAUAUUGAAAAAAAUUAUAAUGAUUUAAAGAAUAUUAUUGAAUCAUAUCAAAGACAAUAUCAUGCGGAAAGUUUUGGUAAUUAUUGGGAAUUAAAUUAUGCAGAAAAAUUUAGAAAUUAUUGGGAAUUACAAGAAGAUUCUGAUAUAUUAGGUCCAAAACAAUCUUGUAGAUAUAUAUCAAAAUAUCGUUUUAAUGGUUUUCUACCAGAAGAACUUAAAAUUUAUUGGAAUUAUAAUGAAAUACGAGAUUUAAAUAAAAAUAAUCAUUUCAAUCCAAUAACAGAUACUGAUACACAUGAUAAUUUAUUAAAAUCACCUGUUAAUACACGAGAAAAUUCUGGAAUAAUACAAUUUAUUCAGUUAAAUAUUGAAAAUGCUGUAUUUCAAGUUCCAGAAGGUAAACAAGUUAUUGUUUUGGAUUUUGCUAAUGAACGUAUACCAGGUGGUUAUUUUCUUGAAAAUGUUCAAACACAAGAAGAAGUUAUUCUUUAUAAUUCUGAUGGUUAUCGAGCAUUAUUAGAUUUAAAAUAUAAAAUGAUGGAUGGUAGUUAUAUGUUACCUGAAUAUGGUGUAGCUUAUAUGAAACGAGUACGAUUUUUUCAAAAUAUAUCUGAAAAAGAACGUAUUACAGAUUUAAUUGUUACUGCUUGUUAUGAUUUAUCUGGAAUAGACAAAGGUCUUUAUAAACCACCAUCACAUGAAAACUUAGAAGAUUUACGUUCUCGUACAUUUGAAAAAUUUCAAGCUAUUAUUGCUUCAGCUGUUGCUAAUACAGAGGGAAAUGGUAAAGAUACAUAUUUAUUAUUAGGACCUAUUGGAACUGCUGUCUUUGCAAAUGAUAUACAAAUGAUUAUUGAUUUAUUUUUUAAAAUUUUAAAUGAACCAUUACUCAAUUCUAAACGAGCAAUUCGAUAUGCAUUUGAUCAAAUUUGGUUUGUAUCGAUUGAUAAACUUGAUAUAUCCAUACGAAUUUAA